CUUCUCCUCAGGAGACGGCAAACAAGAAGGACGAAACCACAGACUUCAAGGAUGUAUCCUCGCAGCUAAAGACGGAUCUCGAGGGAAAGUUUCCUGCCUUUCUUCACCAGGGAAAUGCGGAUCCAGAAUGUGACCUCACACCACACGGAAAAGCACGAGCGGAAAACCCCGAUCAGAAUUUCGCGAGUGAACUGUUGCCGCGCGAACUGAUCGAGACUAAGAAUUUGGUUCAGCCUGUUCAGCCACGACGGGAAGAUGCAUCACGCCCUUCAAUCGCGGGAUUCAGGACCGAAAAGUUUUCACCAGAAGAAGGCCAGCAAAAGCAUCUUCUACCUUCACACGACGAGGAGAAGAAGAAGGAGAGGCGAGUCUACAUGACGACGGGUUUUUCUCUUCUUCCGUUUCUCACUCAGAUUUUACCUGAGGAUAUUAUCAUAGUCGCGGACUGGGACCCCAC